GUCGAGCAGAAUAUGCUGUGACUCAAGGAAGGGACUCCAUUCCAGCCUUGUUGUUGUUAUACUGAGCUAACUGUCAACCAGAAAAACCACCUGUUUUAAACUCACACUCCACAAUGUCUUCAGACUUUGAAGCGUACGAACAGGACUUUGGGACCCUCACUGCAGAAAUAACCAACAAAAUCGGCAGAAUCCCCAAACUAAGUGGAGAGGAGAAGACACAGCUGGUUCUAAAUGUCGACAAACAGCUUGAAGAAGUCAGAGAGUUGCUGGAGCAGAUGGACCUGGAGGUGCGAGAGAUCCCCAUCCAGAGCCGAGCCAUGUACAACAGCAGACUGAAGAGCUACAAGCAGGAGGUGGAGAAACUGGAGAAAGACUUUAAAAGGUCACGUAUUGCCUACAGUGAUGAGGUGCGCAACGAGCUCCUGGGGGAUGACGCCAGCUCCUCGGAGAACCAGUUGAUAAAGUUACGUGAAGAGAGAGCACAUCUGUUGGACAACACAGAGAAGCUGGAAAGGUCAUCGCGGAGACUGGAGGCCGGCUACCAGAUAGCAGUAGAAACUGAACAAGUGGGUCAAGAGAUCCUCGCUAAUCUACACAGUGAUCGUGAGAAGAUCCAAAGAGCCAGAGAAAGGCUGAGAGAAACGGAUGCCAACUUGGGCAAGAGUUCUCGCAUCCUUACCGGCAUGCUGAGAAGGUAAGCGGCAGGAUCAUCCAGAAUCGAAUCCUGGUCUUCAUCCUCGGAGCCAUCAUCCUUCUCACCAUCAUCCUGGCCAUCUAUUUUAAUCUGCGGGGCCACUGAUCUCCCCUGCACACGCUCAGGCGCACGCACACGCUCCCCCCUCCUGACACAAACACAAACACACACACUCGUGAUUAAUAGCGACAAAAGCGUUGUUCUGGUGUAAUUAGGACAAAUGGUCCCCAUGAAUCACUGUUUCCAGGGCCUGACAGUGAGCUUUUUUUUUUUUUUUUUUUUUUCCAUCUCUUUCUCCUCUCCUGUGCUUUCUGUUCUCUUUCUCCUUUGCUUUCACUUUCUUCCCUUUUUCCACUUUUUUCCCCCUUUUUUCUUUCUCUCCGUCUUUGUUUCUUUCUGUCUUUCUUUCUUUCCUCCCUGCAUUUUCAUCUAUCUCUCCUUCCUCUCCGGGGACAAGAAAGGGGGAGCUGUUUUUACGAUAGUUGACAUUAUUCAUGGUGUUGUCCUUCGUGUGAUUUUUGCAUGGCAACAGCCUAUCCUGUCCUGGCCUGUCAUUUUUUUCGAAGUCCUAGCAAGUUCAAAUCUGUAGAAGCCAUGUCUUUUUGUGGGACGGUGAGGUGGAGGAGGGUCACGUCUACUUUAAGGUGUGUGUGAGAGAUAGAGGGAGGGGAGAGGUAAAAUAAGGUUGCGCAUUUCUUGGUGUGUGUCUGUGAGUGACAAACAUAGCCCACAGUGUGCAAGUAUGAACGCCCACAGCCGAGACCUGUGCUGUAGCAUGUAUCAGCCCUCCUCUGUUCCUCCUCUAUGAUUCAGCUGUUCUCCACGUUGCCCCAUACAGCGCAAAGGACAGUGCCUUCAGAUAAGAUAUGCUGUUCGCAUUCAUUCCUUAACAAAAAAAAAAAAAAAAAAAAAGCACUGGAGAGCUCAAAAUAGAAGGACAACGCCGCUUUGAAAAUAAAAGUUGCACGUAAAAAGGUUGAGGUAAAUUCAGCUCCAUUCAACCUAUCAAUUAAAGUGAACGCGUUGUUCAUUUGUCGGCAACAAAGUGCUUUCAUUCAACAAUAGCAUUGAAGAUGGGAUAUUUGAAGCUUUCCAAGACACAUUUUGGAUUAAAAAGCACCUCCUCAGUCGGUUUAAUAGAAAGGGAAUUGACCCCAGCCUUGGCACAAACAGUGCAUGAAUACAAUAGACACAAAUGCAAGAACAGCUCUUCAUACUUUCCAGUGAAAAAAAAAACAAAACAAAAAAAAAAACAGUUAAUCUGUGUUUUUACUGAAUAAAUCAUCAGAUUUAACAACCAUAUGAGGUGCAAUGGCCCCACACCUCCCCAACAGAAAUUUCUACGAAUUUUACCCAAAUUCCCGUGGACUUUAAUUUUAGCGUACUGGUCAGCACAGGAAAUGAAUAAAUGUAGUCAUCAUACUGUAUGUACUAACUCCAAUCUACAUCAUGUAUAGUGUUUUUGUUUCCAUCUCCAGUGAUUCUGUUACUAUUUAUUUAUAAAUGCAUAAAUAAAUUCUCGAGUAAA